AUGUUUCGCACGUUCGGUCGGCGGCUUGUAUCCUGCACGCUUCCCCUACUUCAAUCGGCACCUCAUGAUCUGCCAGAGGGAUUUGAGUUUAUGGAGCACAAGGUUGUAAACAAGGACAUUCAUGCUCCGCAUGAAAAUCUUGAAACCCUCCGGUUAACUCUUACCCGCCAGGACGAAUUCCUUUUGCGUGAAGAGCCCGUCAAGUGCGUAACUGUAACGGGAACCAACGGCGAAUACGGUAUCUAUCCCGGGCACGCGUAUAAAAUUGUUCAGCUUAACCCCUCUCCUCUCACAGUGGAGUACACGGAUGGGACCACAAAGAAGUACUUUGUUAGCGGUGGAUUUGCGCACAUAAACAAUGAGGGAUCGUGUGAUGUCAACACUGUGGAAUGCACUCUGCUGGAUGAUUUGGACCUUGCCAUCGCUGAAAAGGAGCUUGCGGCACAACAGGCAGCGUUAGGGUCGGCGAAAGAUGACAAGGCGAAGUCUGUUGUUGAAAUUCGCAUAUCUGUCAUUGAGGCUGUUAUUGCUGCCCUAAAACACCACUAG